AUGUCUGACUCUGCAUCCAGCUUCCUCCACAUCGGGGAUAUUGUAUCCCUGUAUGCCGAGGGCACGGUGAACGGCUUCAUCAGCACGCUGGGGUUGGUAGAUGACCGAUGUGUGGUUGAGCCAGCUGCUGGAGAUUUGGACAACCCCCCAAAGAAAUUCAGGGACUGCCUGUUUAAGGUUUGUCCUAUGAGUCGGUACUCGGCUCAGAAGCAAUUCUGGAAAGCAAAACAAGCCAAACAUGAGAAGGAUAAGAUUGGUGAUGUGGUUCUGCUACAAAAACUACAGCAUGCAUCAAAUCUGGAACAGAAGCAGAACGAGACAGAAAACAAGAAAGUCCAUGGAGACGUGGUCAAAUAUGGAACUGUCAUACAGCUGCUCCACAUGAAGAGUAACAAAUACCUGACGGUGAACAAGCGGCUGCCGGCUCUGCUGGAGAAGAACGCCAUGCGAGUCACUCUGGACGGGACGGGAAACGAAGGCUCCUGGCUCUUCAUCCAGCCGUUCUGGAAGCUGCGUGCCAACGGAGACAAUGUGGUGGUGGGAGAUAAAGUGAUCCUGAACCCGGUGAACGCUGGUCAGCCGCUGCACGCUUCAAACUACGAACUGACCGACCAUCCGGGAUGCAAAGAGGUGAACUCUGUGAACUGCAACACCAGCUGGAAGAUCAACCUGUUCAUGAUGUUCAACGAUCACAGAGAGGAAGUCCUCAAAGGAGGCGACGUGGUGCGUUUGUUUCACGCUGAGCAGGAAAAGUUUCUCACCUGCGAUGAAUACAAGAGCAAACUCCACGUUUUCCUCCGAACCACGCUGAGGCAGUCAGCAACAUCAGCGACCAGCUCCAACGCCCUGUGGGAGGUUGAGGUUGUCCAUCAUGAUCCAUGCCGCGGAGGGGCGGGACAUUGGAACAGUCUCUACCGUUUCAAACACCUGGCCACUGGAAACUACCUGGCUGCUGAGGAGAACCCGGGUUAUAAAGGAGACAAUGUGGAGCUGUCUUCCUCGAUGGACGGUAGCCGUAGCAACAAGCGGUCCCACGGAGAGAGGAUCAAGUACAAGCUGGUCGCGGUGCCACACGGGAGCGACAUCGCCUCGCUGUUCGAGCUCGACCCGACUACGCUGCAGAAAACCGACUCCUUCGUACCACGAAACUCGUACGUGCGACUGAGGCAUCUUUGCACGAACACCUGGAUCCAGAGCACCAACGUCCCCAUCGAUAUCGAUGAGGAGCGACCUAUCAGGCUCAUGUUGGGGACAUGUCCCACAAAAGAGGACAAAGAAGCGUUCGCUAUUGUUUCCGUUCCUGUGAUGGAAAUCAGAGAUCUGGACUUUGCCAAUGAUGCCAGCGCCAUGCUGAGCACUGUGGUGGACCAGUUCAGCCAGGGCUUCAUCAGUCAGAACGACCGCAAGUAUGCCAUCAAGCUGCUGGAAGAUGUGGUUUUCUUUGUGGCUGACGUCAUUAACAGCGGGCAGCCUGUCCUGGAUGUAGUCAUGACCAAACCUAACCGAGAGAGACAAAAGCUCAUGAGAGAACAGAACAUCCUCAAACAGAUCUUCGGCAUCCUGAAGGCCCCCUUUAAGGACCGGCCAGGAGGGGAAGGUCCUCUGCUGUGUCUGGAGGAGCUGGCCGACCAGAAGAAUGCUCCCUACCAGUACAUGCUCAGACUCAGCUACAGAGUCCUCCGGCACUCUCAGGAUGACUACCGCAAGAACCAGGAGUAUAUAGCGAAGCAGUUUGGUGUGAUGCAGAGUCAGAUUGGGUAUGACAUCCUGGCUGAGGACACCAUCACUGCCCUGCUGCACAACAACCGCAAACUGCUGGAGAAACACAUCACCAAGACCGAGGUGGAGACUUUUGUCAGUCUGGUCCGCAAGAACCGAGAACCCAGGUUUUUGGACUACCUGUCAGACCUGUGUGUGUCCAACAACGUGGCCAUCCCCGUCACACAGGAGCUCAUCUGUAAAUGUGUCCUGGACCCCAAAAACCAGGACAUCCUCAUUAAGACAGAGCGUCGUGUUCCAAAGGAGGCGCCCUCUGGUGGUGUUCAAGGAGACUACAUGGCAAUGGAUGACUUUGGAGAUGAGGAUGAGGUGUGGCUGAUGUGGACAGACAAAGCUAAUGAGAAACAGGAGAAAAGCAUCAGACAGCUGGCUCAGGAGGCAAGACAAGGAAAUGCUCAUGAUGAGAACGUCCUCACUUACUAUAGGUAUCAGCUGAAGCUGUUUGCCCGGAUGUGUUUGGACCGUCAGUAUCUUGCAAUAGAUGAGAUCUCCAAACAGCUGGAUGUGGAGCUGAUCUUCCUGUGCAUGAUGGAUGAGACUCUUCCCUUUGACCUCCGGGCAUCCUUCUGCCGCCUCAUGCUCCAUGCUCACGUAGACCGAGACCCUCAGGAACUGGUGACUCCUGUCAAAUUCGCCCGGCUCUGGACUGAGAUUCCAACCUCCAUCACCAUCAAAGAUUAUGACUCUAACAUGGACGACAGUAGAGACAACAAGAAGAACCGGUUCUCCAGUACUAUGGUCUUCAUGGAAGAGUAUCUUAACAACGUCCUUAAUGAUGACAUGCCAUUCCAUGACGAGGAGAAAAACAAGCUCACAUAUGAGGUCGUGAGUUUGGCCAGACAUUUGAUCUACUUUGGCUUCUACAGUUUUUUUGAGCUGCUCAGACUCACAAGGACCCUGCUGGGUAUCAUUGACUGCAGACCCAAUCCAGGACACGCUGGUCUCCUAUUCAAUGAUGAUGCAUCAGGCAAGAACGUGAAGCGCUCUAUACAUGGGAUGGGUCAGAUGAUGUCGACCAUGGUCCUCAACAGGAAACAGUCCAUAUUCGGAGGUGCAGUUCCCAGAGGAGCAGGAAUGGGGCCAGCGCUUGUGCUUGAAGGACAAAGAGGCAGUAAAGAUAGUCUUGACAACAUGGACUUGACAGUGAUGGAUACUAAGCUGAAGAUACUGGAGAUUUUACAGUUCAUCCUGAAUGUCCGUCUGGACUACCGCCUCUCCUUCCUCCUGUCUGUAUUUAAGAAGGAGUUUGUGGACGUUUAUCCCAUGGCUGACGCUGACGCUACCACUAAUAUGGAGCAUGCAGCCACCAUCAACCUGCAGUUCAUUGGAGAGCAGGCAGAGGCCAUGUUUGGAGUUGGAAAAGGGAACAGUAUCCUGGAGGUGGACGAUGAAGGUGGUCGCAUGUUCCUGCGGGUGUUGAUCCACCUCACAAUGCAUGACUACGCUCCUCUGGUGUCUGCAGCCUUGCAGCUGCUUUUCAGACACUUCAGUCAGCGACAGGAAAUGUUACAUACCUUCAAACAGGUCCAGUUGCUGAUCUCCGCUCAGGAUGUGGAGAACUACAAGCUGAUUAAGGCAGAUCUGGAUCGCCUCAGGACAUUGGUGGAGAAAUCUGAACUGUGGGUGGAGAAGAAAAGCUCGGGAGGAGGAGAAGGGAAGAAGGACAAGAAAGACAUGAAGGAAAAAACAGAGGGGGCAUCACAAGAGGCAACGCCCAAGAAGGAGAAACUGAAGGAGGGUAACGAGAACUACCAGAAAGUCAAAGAGAUCCUGGAGAGGUUGAAUAAGAUGUGCAGCAGCGGAGUUUGGAAGAAGCAGCAGAGGCUGCUAAAAAACAUGGGUGCUCAUAAAGUGAUGCUGGACCUGCUGCAGGUCUCCUACGACAAGAAUGAUGUGAAGAUGCAGGAGAUCAUCAAGUAUACUCACCUGUUCCUGCAGAAGUUCUGUAUGGGGAACCAAGAGAAUCAGGCUCUGUUGCACAAAAACCUCAACUUGUUUCUCAACCCGGGGCUCCUGGAGGCGGAGACGGUGCAGCACAUCUUCAGUAAUAACUACCAACUGUGCAGCGAGAUCUCUGAGAGCGUGCUGCAUCACUUCAUCCACUGCCUGGCAACGCACGGCCGCCACGUCCAGUACCUCAACUUCCUCCACACCAUCAUCAAGGCCGAGGGCAAGUACGUCAAGAAGUGUCAGGACAUGAUCAUGACCGAGUUAACAAACGCUGGUGAGGACGUGGUCGUCUUUUACAACGACAAAAACUCGUUUAAAGUCAUGCUGGAGCUGAUGGCAGAGAGCAGGGAGGGCGUCAGUGAGACCAGCCCACUCAGGUAUCACAUCUCUCUGGUGGAGCUUCUGGCUGCUUGUGCAGAGGGGAAGAACGUGUACACGGAGAUUAAAUGCACCUCCCUGCUGCCCCUGGAGGAUGUGGUCAGAGUGGUGACCCAUGAGGACUGCAUCACUGAGGUGAAAAUUGCCUAUGUGAACUUUGUGAAUCACUGCUAUGUGGACACAGAGGUGGAGAUGAAGGAAAUCUACACAUCCAACCACAUCUGGAAUCUGUUUGAGGACUUCACUGUGGACAUGGCUCGGGUCUGUAAUAAACGAGAAAAGCGUCUUUCCGAUCCCGUUCUGGAGAAAUACAUCAUCAGCGUGGUUUUUGACACCAUCAACGCCUUCUUCAGCUCCCCUUUCUCUGAAAACAGCACUUCUCUGCAGACUCAUCACACCAUCGUGACUCAGCUGCUUCAGUCGUCUGUCAGGCUGCUGGACUGUCCCUGGUUGCAGCAGCAGCACAGAGGGCAGGUGGAGGCAUGCAUCAAGACGCUCGCUGUGACAGCUAAGAGUCGCUCCAUCUCUGUGCCUUUGGAACUGGAGGCUCAGAUCAACACCAUGCUGUCCACUUCAGCUUUGAACUCUUUGUCGCGCACCAAUCCAAACUACAAAUCCUCCUCCCGCCACAUCCGCCCUAGCGCUCCUACCAACCCCUGGGACUACAAGAACAUCAUAGAGAAGCUGCAGGACAUCAUAAACACUCUGGAGGAGCGUCUGAAGCCAUUGGUGAAUGCUGAGCUCUCUGUGUUGGUGGAUGUCCUCCAUCAGCCGGAGCUGCUGUUCCCUGAAGCAACCGACAUCCGACAGCGCUGUGAGUCCGGAGGAUUCAUUUCCAAGUUGAUCCAGCACACCAAGGCGCUGAUGUCUUCAGAGGAGAAGCUGUGCAUCAAAGUCCUAAAGACUCUGCAGGAGAUGCUCAUCAGGACUCUGGACUUUGAUGAAAAGGGAAUAGUGCUGCGGAAAGUUUUACUGCAAAACUACUUGUUUCCAAACAAGAAGCCCAACCAGAAGAAUGACUUAGCUGAACUUGGAGUUCCAGGCGGUGAACAGGAGCGGGACUGGGCGGCGGUGGCAGCAAUCCAGUGUCGUCUGGAUCGCGAAGGAGGAACGAAGCUGUUCACAGAUCUGGUGAUGAGCACCAAGAAUGAUAAGAUCUUCCAGGAGAGCAUCCAGCUGGCCAUCUGUCUGCUGGAGGGAGGAAACACUGAGAUACAGAACUCCUUCUACAAACUGAUGAUGGGUGACAACAAGUCAGAGAAGUUCUUUAAAGUGUUUAAUGACAGAAUGAAAGAAGCUCAGGCUGACAUUAAAGCAACGGUUUCUGUUAAUGUUGGAGAGAUGACACACAAGGCCAACGAGAAGCUGGAGAACGGUGGCUCCACCACUCUGGGUGUACUUCCGGGUACAGGGGGUCAUCCACUGUUGGUACCAGGGGCGCCCAUUGCCCCAGGCACCUCCACCCUGCCAGCUCAACCUAUUGAAGAACAGAAGGAGGUGGAGACAGAGAUGGGACCAGCUGUUACCAUCAUGAAGCCGAUCUUGAGGUUCCUACAGCUGCUUUGUGAGAACCACAACAACGACCUACAGAACUUCCUGCGUUGUCAGAAUAACAAAGCCAACUACAACCUUGUGUGUGAGACACUUCAGUUCCUGGACAUCAUGUGUGGUAGUACGACGGGUGGCCUGGGCCUGCUGGGCUUGUACAUCAAUGAAUCAAAUGUCCACCUCAUCAUUCAGACCCUGGAAACACUUACAGAGUACUGCCAAGGACCCUGCCAAGAGAACCAGACAUGUAUCGUGACCCACGAGUCCAACGGCAUCGACAUCAUAACGGCUCUGAUCCUGAAUGACAUCAGUCCUCUAUGUCGCUAUCGGAUGGAGAUGGUGCUGCAGCUGAAGGACAAUGCCUCCAAGCUGCUGUUGGCUCUUAUGGAGAGUCGUCACGACAGUGAGAACGCAGAGAGGAUUCUGCUGAACCUGCGGCCACGAGAGCUGGUGGAGGUGAUAAAGAAGGCCUACAACCAGGAGAGUGAAUGUGAAGGGGUGGAGGUGGAAGUUUCUCCUCGGGAGGUGGGGCACAACAUCUACAUCCUGGCUCAGCAGCUGGCGAGACACAACAAAGUCCUUCACAACCUCCUAAAACCUCAAAAGAACAAUAAAGAGGGAGAGGAGGGCAUUUCCUCAAUGCUGAACCUGAACAACCGACCUCUGUCCCAGAUGUUGAAGUCCUCAGCUCCAGCUCCUGUGGUGGAGCAGGACCCGCUGGAGUACUACGAGCAGCUAACUUCACAGAUAGAGAUUGUUCGCGAGGACCGCAGCAUGGAGCAGAUUGUGUUUCCCGUUCAUCCCAUCUGUGAGUUUCUGACAGAGGAGUCAAAGAUCAGGGUGUUCAACACCACCGAGCUGGACGAGCAGGGAUCCAAAGUCACACAUUUCUUCGAGCAAACAUCCUUCCUGCAUGGAGAAAUGGAGUGGCAGAAGAAGCUGAGGAGUAUGCCAGUGUUGUACUGGUUCUCCAGAAGGAUGACUCUGUGGGGAACAAUCUCCUUUAAACUUGCCCUCUUCAUCAACCUCAUCAUCGCUUUCUUCUACCCCUACGACUCCGGACAAGGUGCAAUCGACGACUCUCUGUUGUUGAUGCUGUUCUGGGUCCUGGCCGGUCUCUCCGUCCUGGGUUUGUUCUCUCAGCGUUAUGGCCUCACGCCGUUCACCGUCGCUCUGAUUCUCAGGUCCAUCUACCACCUAGGCAUUGGCAACACGCUAAUAGUGCUGGGAACACUUAAUCUCAUCAAUAAAGUGGUGUUUGUGGUGAGUUUUGUGGGGAACAACGGCACAUUUAUUAUGGGGUACAAGGCCAUGGUGAUGGAUGUGGAGUUCCUCUAUCACCUGGCAUACGUCCUGACGUCCACACUGGGACUCUUCGUUCACGAGCUCUUCUACAGCAUCCUGCUUUUCGACCUGAUCUACAGGGAGGAGACCCUGUUAAAUGUGAUAAACAGUGUGACGCGUAACGGGCGCUCCAUCCUGCUCACGGCACUGCUCGCUCUCAUCCUUGUGUACCUCUUCUCCAUUGUGGGCUUCCUCUUCCUGAAGGAGGACUUCAUUAUGGAGGUCGACCCGCUGCCACAGAUCGCUGCAGCUUCUCAAAAUAGUGAAGCCUCUCAGGAUUUCCUCAAGUCGUGCUCUGCAGACGGAGUCAGCUGCACUGCAGAGACCAACACUGAAGAGGAAGAGGAGCCAGACUCUGAGCGAGCAUGCGACACUCUGUUGAUGUGUAUCGUUACUGUGCUGAACCACGGACUGAGGAAUGGAGGAGGAGUGGGAGACGUCCUCCGCAAACCAUCUAAGAAUGAGCCACUGUUUCCCGCUCGAGUUGUGUAUGACCUGCUGUUCUACUUCAUCGUCAUCAUCAUCGUCCUCAACUUGAUCUUCGGUGUCAUCAUCGACACAUUUGCAGACUUGAGGAGUGAGAAGCAGAAGAAGGAAGAAAUUCUGAAAACAACAUGUUUCAUUUGCGGCCUCGAGAGAGACAAGUUUGACAAUAAGACGGUGUCUUUCGAAGAGCACAUCAAAAUGGAGCACAAUAUCUGGAACUACCUCUACUUUAUCGUUUUGGUGCGCGAGAAAAACAAGACAGACUACACAGGACCGGAGAGCUACGUGGCUCACAUGAUCAAGAACAACAACCUGGACUGGUUUCCACGGAUGCAGGCCAUGUCACUGGUGGUAACAGACAGCGAUGGCGAGCAGAACGAGAUGAGGCAGUUACAGGACAAACUGGUAUCAACCAUGAAGGUGGUCACAACCCUGACCGCCCAGCUGACGGAGCUCAAAGAGCAGAUGACGGAGCAGAGGAAGAGGAGGCAGAGGAUGGGCUUUGUCGACGUCCAGGCCGGAGCGAGCGGCGCGGUGCCUCCCAGCGCCGCAGGAGGAAACCAUCAGAUCUACAAAACAUAAAGACACUCGACACAUUGGCACACAGACGGAUUUGAUGUUCACUACAUGGUCAUCUCUAGAUCUGUAAGCCAUCCAGCUGGACUGAUGGACACAAAGACAGAAACACUAGAACAGCUGAAGCACAUGCAGCUUUCACACAGUUUCAUAGCAGCAAAUAUCCAACAGAUUAAAGUUCUGAUUGUCAGCAGAUAAUAUCGAUGUUUUGCUGGUUGACAAUAAUAAUCGGAAUAGCUGAUCUGACUCUCUUAAACCUGCGGCUUCAUCCCUGCUCAGGUCACAGGACAAAUUUAGCCCUAAAUUUUCCCAUUCCAGGUGUUCUUCACGGCCCAGGUUAAAAAAAAUUAAAAUAAAGCAGCUAUGGUUUUCUUUGUGCAGCAGAAGUUUGGGGAUUCUUUCCACCUGGUCAAUUUUAAAUUAAGUGUAUUUUACUAAGCUUACUUCUUGUGGAAACAGCACAUAUUAAAGGUUUA